AUGGCAUCACCAUUCUCUAGUCCACAAUCUACUGAUAUCGCCCCAAUUUUUCGAAACAAGCUUCCACAAACCAUUCGGACUGUCGCGUCUGCCACGAGCAGGAACACCAUUCUAAGUGCCCCCUCCAGAGCUAUUUCUGCUGCGCGUAUCUUCCGGGAGCUACAUCGGCAGGCUCAGGAUGCAAAUAUAGAAUCCAGUGAUGACUGGGGCUGUGCUGCUCAUCGUGAAGCGCAACAGUUGCGCGGUUGCAGUACUGGUGUAAAGCGCAGUCCUGCAGCCACUCAGGUUUACACUCCGGCUCCGGCUCCGGCUCCACAUAGUAAAGUCGGUAAAAUGACUAUAGAGGAGAGAAAGGUUGUGGCGUUAGAGGCUAUCGCCGAGGCUGCUCGACUCUGGGUUAAGCUCAAUAACCCCAACAAGGAAAGCAAGACCGAUGAGAGGAGCGGAUCUAGAUGAGUGAGUGCUGCCAUUGCCAAGGAAGAGGUGGUUAGCAUAGCUGAGGCAUAUUCAGAACGCGGGAUAAAAUUAUCGAGCAUUGGGAGGCAACUGAAUUGAACGCAAUGACAAAAACUUCCUAACACGAUGCGCUUAAUUAAUUGAAAUUGUGAUGGGCGUUAAGAUCCAGCUGCAGGUCUGCGAAAAAGACUCAAAAGAAGACGAAAUUUGUGUAAAGCUCGGGCUCUUUACAGGAUGACGCUACCUGGGAUUGCAUUCACAUGGGUGAUACUCAAGACCAAAAGUUGGCCUUCCUUCGUGAUGACUUCGUUCCUCUUGAAGAGAAAUAUGAAUCACGGGAUACCCUAUCUUGCGCGUUUAACGUCUGGAUCAUGACUAGGGGCUACGUAUCCAUAACUGGAAGGCCAACCAAGGACGAAGCCGGCAGGCAAACGAUAACAUUAAUAUGUGGCCGCCGCCACAACUAUCCUAUUAACUUACAAAGGCGGAG